UGACCCGAAGCCCCCUGGGGGAGCCCGCCCCCACAGGCCCCUCGCAGGGCCCUCAACCCUAUUAGGAUUCGCCCUACCCGGUCUGUGCUCUGUCGACCUUCCGUCAGCUCCUCCCCAAAGGCCCUGCUGACCCCGCCUCCAGACGCGGGUCCUGCCACCUCUGUGACCCUGACACCCCGGGAUACCCCAUCCCCCACUGCUGCGACCCCAGCCCAGUAGGCCCUUGUGCCCACCUCCUCCUCGGCUCCAGUGUUUUGAGCCCACUGCCUGCACGGUGCCGGUGAACUACCCAGCAUCUCAUCCCUUCUCUUCUAGCCCAGCGGGGGUGGGGCAGGGGGAGGAGAGGGGAAGGAGGGAGAGGCCAGGGGCCCUGGUGACCACAAACCCAUCCUGUCGCUCUUAAGCCUGUCGUGAAAAUGACCCUUCCUUACCCACCAGAACAUGCCCGGGUGACUUCCUCCCGGACCUUCCUUGUGGCCUUCCUCACCCUCCCCCGUGACACUAUGCAACCCCAGCGUGACCUGCGAGGCCUCUGGCUCCUGCUGCUGUCCUUGUACCUGCUCCUCUUUGAGGUGGCCAGAGCUGGCCGGCCCGUGGUUAGCUGUCCUGCCGCCUGCCUGUGCGCCAGCAACAUCCUCAGCUGCUCCAAGCAGCAGCUGCCCAGCGUGCCCCACUCGUUGCCCAGCUACACGGCACUGCUGGACCUCAGCCACAACAACCUGAGCCGCCUGCGGGCUGAGUGGACCCCCACACGCCUGACCCACCUGCACUCCCUGCUGCUGAGCCACAACCAUCUGAACUUCAUCUCUUCUGAGGCCUUUUCCCCGGUGCCCAACCUGCGCUACCUGGACCUCUCCUCCAACCAGCUGCGUACGCUGGACGAGUUCCUGUUCAGUGAACUGCAGGCGCUGGAGGUGCUGCUGCUCUACAAUAACCACAUCAUGGCAGUGGACCGCUGCGCCUUCGACGACAUGGCCCAGCUGCAGAAACUCUACCUGAGCCAGAACCAGAUCUCCCGCUUCCCUCUGGAACUGGUCAAGGAAGGCGCCAAGCUACCCAAACUCACACUCCUGGAUCUCUCCUCCAACAAGCUCAAGAACUUACCGUUGCUCGACCUGCAGAAGCUGCCCGCCUGGAUCAAAAACGGGCUCUACCUACACAACAACCCCCUGCACUGCGACUGUGAGCUCUACCAGCUCUUUUCCCACUGGCAGUACCGGCAGCUGAGCUCCGUGAUGGACUUCCAGGAGGACCUGUACUGCAUGAGCGCCAAGAAGCUGCACAAUGUCUUCAAUCUGAGUUUCCUCAACUGCAGCGAGUACAAGGAGCGUGCCUGGGAGGCCCACCUGGGGGACACCUUGACCAUCAAGUGUGACACCAAGCAGCAGGGGAUGACCAAGGUGUGGGUGACGCCGAGCAACGAGCGGGUGCUAGAGGAGGGGGCCAACAGCACGGUGACAGUGUCCAAGGACGACGGCAGUCUUCACUUCCAGCGGGUGCAGGUUGAGGACGGGGGCGUGUACACCUGCUAUGCCAUGGGGGAGGCUUUCAACGAGACACUGUCUGUGGAGUUGAAAGUGUACAAUUUCACCUCGCACGGACACCAUGACACCCUCAACACAGCCUAUACCACCCUCGUGGGCUGCAUCCUCAGCGUGGUCCUGGUCCUCAUCUACCUGUACCUCACCCCUUGCCGCUGCUGGUGCCGGGGUGUCGAGAAGCCGUCCAGCCAUCAAGGAGACAGCCUCAGCUCUUCCAUGCUUAGCACCACACCCAACCACGAUCCUAUGGCUGGCGGGGACAAGGAUGAUGGCUUUGACCGGCGGGUGGCCUUCCUGGACCCUGCCGGAUCCGGGCAAAAUGGCAAGCUCAAGCCAGGCAACACCCUGCCGGUGCCCGAGGUGACCGGCAAGGGCCAGCGGCGGAUGUCGGAUCCGGAGUCGGUCAGCUCGGUCUUCUCUGAUACGCCCAUUGUGGUGUGAGCAGGAUGGGUGGGUGGGGAGAUUCUGCCCCAGGAGAGGUAAUGCACCCCUGAAGGAUGUGAGGGGAUGGAAGAGAGGGCUGGCUGCCCAAGGGAGGGGGAUCCCCCCCCCACCGACCUCAAGGGAAUUGGUCACGGGUACGACAGCAGGCAAGACCCCAAGCAGGGGGUGGCUGCCAGGUUUUCAAAUAUGGAUAUGCUAAUCCUCAGGCAACUGUGACAGCCCUACCCAGAGCCCUGACAGUUCUCAGUGGGGUGGAGGAAGAGGAAGGAGGAAGGGGUGGGAGAAAGAGCAGAUUCCCUAAACUUUUUUGAGGUCAGCCCUAGCUCCUUCAGAGAAAAUCAUCUGGGAAAAAAAAAAAUCAUUUUUUUCUAUCUCUGCCCACCCACAGCUGUGAUGUUGUGUGUGCUGGGAGGAGCGGCCACGGGAGCCACACUGGGGAAAAGCUGCAUUAUCUUCUUUGGCCAGGAAGUCACACUUCACAGCUGGGGAAAUCGGAAACCUCUGGGAAAAUGAGUCAGGAAAAGGCUGAGACCUCGAUCAGUAACUCUCCCCAAAGCUGUUGUGAGACUUCCCACCAAUGCCUUCCUCUUUCCCGAUGAGCCCUGGGUGGAUGGGCCUUUGCGGGAGCCUGGCCUGUUGCCUGACAGGUAUGGCAGCCGUGUCCCAUGUGGUAUCUGUGCCUUGUGCUGGGACCAGUGGCACAGAGAGAUUCAGCAUGACCCAAGGGGCCAUGUCACAGCAUAGAGGCCAGCACAGAACUUGUAGGUGGGGGACCAACUCCACAUUGGUGAAUUCCCUGGUGGGUGAAACCCUUGGGUAGCUUUACUCCUGACAUCUGUGUGUCGGACCAGGGUGGGGGGGUUGCUGAAAGCAGCAGAGCCUCUAGACUGCCUGCCACAGACAUGGGAUGGGGGCCACUUCACAUGAAGAGGAGGAGGAGGGUAAAUCAGCCUCCGUUAUGUAGCUUCCAGCGGGACCCACCUGAUUUUCUGUGUAUGCCAUCACUUCAUUCGGUCUCUUGAGCAAGCUCAGGUGGGAUUCUGAGUUUUCCCUAAUAUGCUGCUCUGCAGAGCAGAAAGUCCUGGAAAGUCUGGCCCCAGCUGGGUUGGACUGGGCUCAGGGAUGCAGGGGCCCGGGGAUGUAUCUUCUUUACAUUGACCAAGCCACCUUGCUCCUCCCUUCGAGAUCUCACCCCUGACGCAAAGCCAAAGCUUGGGAUCUCACCAUCCUAGGAGUUGGAAUUGGGUGGUUCUCUGCCCCAGAAGAAUGGCGGUUUGGAGGAUGGCUUAGAGUGGUGCCCUGUCCACAAGUUUCCAGGCAGUCGUGUAACAGACAGUCAGUGGCACUAAACUUUCGGGAGACCUUCUCAGCCAGAGGUCUGUGUGGUUGUAGUGGUUAGACCGGAGCAGCCUAAGAACAGGCCCAAUAUUCCAUUCCACCCGAGGUUGCAGAGUACUUGGGGAUAGAGACGAAGGCUCCCUUUGACUCUCCCGCGGGCCCUGGGAGAUGGCUGCUCUGAGCUUUGGCAAGGGGGUGAGCAGAGCAAAAGUGAAAAUGUUCUCUGACAUCGGUCUUUUUAAGUGCCCCCUCCGCCACCGCCAAGUCCCCUGUCCACUGGAAGUUCUCCAGAUCUUCUAGUCUUCUAGUCUGCUCUUUAGGUUCCAAGAAGUGUCCUUGGAAGGCUGUUGGCCAGGAGGGCCUAGCUCCCGCUGCCUGUUCAGAUUCGGGGAGGGGACUGGAACGCAACAUCUUCCCCUUGUCUGUUCCUGGGAUGUCAAGACUGCUGUGCAUCUUUUAUGAGUAACCUAGUUCUGUCAAGAGAGCUGCAGCAUUUCACUCAAGUACUUGCAUGCUCGUAGGGAUGCAUGCUUAUAGGUCUGCAUGCACCCCAGCACCCUGACUUCCAUCAGGACAGGGAUUCUCCAGUCCCCCUAAUGUCUGCGUGCAGAGCGAUUUCCACCCAUGUGCUUCACGCACACAGUUUUCGUGCCCUGUAGGAGAGACAGUGACCAUGCCAGGCUCUGCAAAUACAGACUCUUGUACUCCUGAUUUCUGAAUUACCUGAAGCCACACCCGCAUCUCCGUGGCACGGAAUCACUUCUCCACAAAGGCUGCAGUUAGGAGAGGCACAGGUUGCAGAGCUCGGGAGAAGGGGUCCUGAGGAGCUAGCUAGUUCUUCAGACUCGCCAGCAACCUUCCUUGGAUUCAAGAUGCUGUACAUGAGAGGAAGAUGUAGAAGUAGGUCAGCGAUGGACCCAGGGCAACACCGGGCAGGGGACCGAGCAUCUGUUAAGUUGCUCUUCCUGUGUUAACUGCCCUGGUUAGACGGGAGCAGGAGGAAAGAGUUGUCUGGUCAUAUUCCAGAGAGUUCUGAAGAUUCUGAUACUGGAGCUAUAGGAACCACGACUCCCUCCUCAGACCAUCAGGGAACCGGGGAAAAUCUUAGCUCCAGGUUGCAGCUUCCCCCGCCCUGGGCACCAUCGAGGGCUCCGAAAAUCUUUGCAGUAAAUGUCAAAUGCAGACGGUCUGGAGCAUUCUAGCGGAGUUGCCGAGGACUAGGAAGGCCAUCUCCUUCAUAAGUCCUACCUGGUUUAGGGCAUAAUAGAAGGCCCUGAGGCUCUAAGUCUCCCUACUGUAUCCAGUAUGUUGGCCAGUAUCUGCCAGUUUGAGACUGGUAGCUGUGCCUGGCUGCCCCACCAAGAAAUUGAGCUGACUAGCCUCUUCCCAUGGUUUCAGGUGAUAGAACCCAAAGGUAGCUUUGUCCUUGGGGGAUUGGGUACUCAGCAUACGUAAGCUCACUAGAACCCUGUGUGGGGAACCGCCAAGUCUGCUUAUAAUUAAAGGUCGAGAGAUCACCCCCACCGCCAUAAACCAGACCUGUCUCCCAGGAAACAGGUGUCCCUGGAGACGAGGAUGCCAGGGCUCUACAGUUUGUCUCUGUGAUUAUUUGUGGUUGUUUUUUUUUUUUUUUCUUUGCCUAUAUUUAGGGGGCUCCUAGGAAGGAGCCAAGAGAGCUGGGGAGAGUAAAGCCCGCUGAUUCCAGUUUUCUCUGUGUUUUCGGUACUUCCUCGGAGCCCUGCUGGCAAAGCAGCAGGGCUCCCUGUGUCCAGGACCUUAGCCCUCCUCCCACUUGUGUACUCCCGGGCUGGCAAACCUUGGAGCCUCUGGGCUCUGAAAACUAGACAUUGAUCAUUAAACCUGGCUUGAGUCUCCGUUC